CACUCAAGAGUUGAACGCUCAUCCCUUUUAGACUCAUAAAAUAUAAAGCUUGAUAUUGUUCCUAUAAUGUAUAUUUGUAUAUGUAGAGUGUAGACCACAACAUAUGAAAGCCUAAUUUAGAUAAAUCUCAUACAUUAUGUUGGAUGAAAACUUGAAAGCAAGGUCCUUUUCAGCCUAUGAAACUUGCUAAAAGACUAAUUCAAUUCAAACAACACACAAAAAUUCCUUAACCCAUACCAUUGUGAUAAAUUUUUGUUAGGUGAAUACUUCUAUACUAACCGUAAGAUAAUUGUCUUAGUUGCAUCUAUUUAUGUUGAUUAGGUGAAUACUUCUAUACUAACCGUAAGAUAAGGGUAAACUAUAACUAUGUGUUGAUUGUUAUGUUUUAUUCAUUAUAUAAAUUGUGAAUCGAUAAAUUAACCGAAAUUUUCUCACCUAAUGAUAAUGUGAUUUUAUAUUGGUUAAUCUGGUUAACCAAUUAAUCAAAUCGAUUAAACUUUAAUUUGGUUAAUUUGGUUGUUUUAUUAGUUUGGACGGUUUGGUUAAUGAUAUUGUAUUCCAUAAUUAAUGAAAUUUAGCCUUAUUUAGUUUGGUAAUAUCCGUGGUAACCAUUUGAACACCCCUAGAAAUAUAUACUCUUUAUAAACCACAUAUCACAUUAAUUAGUAAUCUUCCUUGUAAUUGGUGGACGUUAGGGCAAAUACAAUAUAUCAGCCAUAACUAUUAAGCAGCGAGGAAUUAUAGCCACAACUAUCGAAAUACAAAUUAUUAGCCAAUCGUUAAGUUUUCGUUAAUACUUCUGUUAGUAAUGAUGACUAAGCUUUUACGAUGCUGAGCUGGCUCCCACGUGGCAGUCAUCCUAUCAUAUUUUUUACGAUGCUGACAUGGCCGCCUUCUACAUUAAAAUUUUGAAAACAACAACAGGCUGUUAGCCAAAUCUUGACCCACAACAAUAGUUAUGACUAAUAAUUUGUAUUUCAAUAAUUAUAACUAUAAUUAUCCGCUACUUAAUAGUUAUCGCUAAUAUAUUGUAUUUACCCUUAUUUUUUAACACAUUCCUCCUACUCCUUCCUGAGUUCCUGUCCUCUCAGCUUCUCAGUCACGUUUUCUCUGCCGACUGCAAAUAUAAUAAUAAUCCUAAUUAUUAUUAUAUAAUAAUAAAUAAAACCUACGAGACUCUGUCCCUUCGGCGCCACCCGAUAAAAUUGAGGCUAUGAUAUCUCAUUGGACAAAACCACUCGUCUCUCCUGCUUCUUCUCCCUUUCUCUGCCAUCGCCGUUUGCCUUGACGACUUGUUAUGGCAGACGACCUGAGCUAGCAAGCAUUUUCCGGUUGAACAGAUUUUUCCAACGUCUCUCUUCAUUUCCAACAACUCCACCAUUGAUUACACAUACUUCCACUACUCUGUAUUCCCCUGUGUCUUCUAGCAAAAAGGGCAAGUCUGAUAAUAUAUACUACUACUUGGGCGGAAUUCCAAAAUCGCUUACGUUUCCCUCCACCACCACCACCUCUUAUCUCUUUUGCAGAAUUUCCCGCCCUCCCAAACAGAAACACAAAAGGAAAAGAAAAAAAAUUCCAUCGCUCUGCGAAUUUCGGAGGCAAUGAAGAUGACGAAGAAGAAGAAGGCGGCGGUGGUGGUGGAGUCGAGCUCUCCCAUUGGCGUAUUGGAAGACUACUUCAGAAGCGAAGAAGAAGAAGAAGAAGAAUCGACAUCUUCCAAUUCUCCAACCCAAAGCAACAGUACCCUCCAAAAAUCCAGCAGCUCGCGUUGGAACGGAAUCGCCCAUCUCUUCCGCAGCAAUUCCAAGAAACCCGCCGCCGAUAACAACAACAGUAAGCCACAUCCUCUCAGCGCCCUUAAAUCAUCCUUCCGCAGCUUCAGCAUGAGAGAGCACGUAUCCUCCUCCUCCUCUUCCUCCUCCGCCGUCGUCGUACCCAAUUUCUUCCCCGAUUCGGCUUCUCACUGGAACGAUGACGGAACCCAGAGGAUGAAUUUCACCCUCGCCCAGCUCCAAGCCGCCACCAAUAACUUCAGCCCAGGGAACAUGAUUGGGAAAGGCGGGUACGCGGAGGUGUACAAGGGUCGUCUGUGGAACGGGAAAUUGGUGGCGAUAAAGCGGCUGACGAGAGGGACGCCGGACGAGAUGACCGCCGAUUUCUUGUCGGAGCUGGGAAUCAUGGCCCACGUCAAGCACCCAAACACCGCGAAAUUGAUUGGGUAUGGAGUCGAAGGAGGGAUGCACCUCGUCCUCCACCUCUCUUCCCGGGGCAGUUUGGCGUCGUCACUCUACGGGUCGAGAGAGUGCCUGAGUUGGGAAGUUCGUUACAAGGUUGCGAUUGGGACGGCUCAAGGGUUGGUUUAUCUGCACAGAGGAUGCCAGCGGCGAAUCAUCCAUCGAGAUAUCAAGGCCGCAAAUAUUCUGCUCACCGAAGAAUUCGAGCCUCAGAUUUGUGAUUUUGGAUUGGCCAAGUGGCUACCGGAGAAAUGGACCCAUCAUACCGUGUCCAAAUUCGAAGGCACUUUUGGGUAUCUUGCGCCGGAGUUUUUGAUGCACGGAAUCGUGGAUGAGAAGACGGAUGUAUUCGCGUUCGGGGUGCUGCUGUUGGAGCUGGUCACAGGACGCCGCGCGCUUGAUUACAAAGAGCAAAGCCUCGUCUUGUGGGCAAAGCCACUGCUGAAGAAGAGUGAUAUACGGGAGCUGGUGGAUCCAGCGCUGGGGGACGAUUACGACGCAAAGCAGGCUAACCUGAUGCUCCUUGCCGCCGCGCUCUGCAUUCAGCAGUCGGCGAUUCGGAGGCCGCAGAUGCCGCAGGUGGAGCAAGUUUUGAGGGGGAAAGUGAGCUGCUUGAAAUGCCCCAAGAAGUGCAGGGUUCCCUUCUUCACCAAAGCUUUCCGGGAAGAGCUGCUGAAGGCCGAGGAAUUAGAGUUCCAACGUGGAAAUUGAAAACCCAGGUUGCAGAUACGAAGAGUUACUCUGUUUCUUAUCAUGGCAGAGUCCUCCGCCUGUAUUCGGAGAGUAAUGAUCGACAGGUGGACGAAACAAAUUUUGUAACCCGGAAGGGAGGAAAGGGGCAAUCAAGAGCAAGGGCAUCCGUUUUGGAAGCGAAUUAAUGUAUUAGCUGAGUUAGCCCACCAAUACAGGGUGAUAAUACGUGCUACUAUACAAGAAAAGAUGAGGCAGGGGAAACAGAGCCCAUUCCUCUGUUUUAUGCAUAUAAAUGUACAACAAAUUCUUUUUACAUUGGAAGCGCUAACGCAGUUAGCGGUUGUUCAAAUGGUUAGCAUGAUAGUUUUCAGAUAAUUUGAGUUAAACUUUUAAAAAAAAUAUAGAGCGCAAAGGAUGCUCUCAUAGAGUGGUAAUACAACCGAUAACAUAGCAUAGCACUAGGCGGCUCACAAAAAUGAACACCCAAAGGCAAGUACUAAGUAGUGACUGAUAGAGGCCAGAUAGUCAGCAACCAAGUUGCCUACCUAAAACACAUGUGAGACGCUGACCUCCCAAUCCAUCGUCAAUAGUCGUCGAGCCUCUCUAACCAUCGAGUAGUGUGGGUGGCACUCAUUCGCCGGCUGAAGAAGCUGGAUGGCGAUGCGGAAGUCGGUCUAAAGUUUAUUAACCAUGAAACAUAAUAUCUUAACCAAAACUUAUCAAAUUAAUACUACAACCAAAUUAAUCAAAGUAAAGUUUAAUCGCGUGA